AUGGCUAAAGUAAUACAGAUGAACAAGUUCAUUACCCGUCAGUUUAGUAGUAAUACUUCCUUGCAUUCACUAAAGUCCAAGAACUUUGAUAAAGCUUUAUCGUUGGAAGAAUUCAUGUUUCGGGCAAAAGUAAAAUCUACAUAUCGAAAGCUAAUCAGAAUAAUAUAUCGAACUCAUGAAAGAGAAGAACUCCUAAGAUAUGCCAAACAUGAAUUCACAAUGAGUAAUCAAGUGUCCGAUUUGUCACAAAGAAGAUACCUUUUAACUGAUGGGGUCAAUAAGAUUAAUCAAAUGUUAGCAAUGAUGGAUUUGCAAGGUAGUAAAAUUUCUAACGAUUAA